AUGGAGGUGGUGGCGCCGGUGAGAGACUUGCACUUCGCCAGCACAUACACCAGCCCCUCCGUGAGCGCACCGUCGAGCCCGAAGCGCGUCGGCCACCACUUCGACUUCUUCCACCACUACACCAGCGCACCCACCAGUCCGUCGCGCGCCUCCGCCAUCUACUCCCACUUCAACGCCAUGGAUCCUCUCCCUCCCCCGCCCUCGGCUGGCGGCGUCCCCUUCGGCUGGGAGGAGACGCCCGGCACGCCCAAGUCCCGCGGCAGCCCCGCCAAGGAUGAGAAGGGCGACGUGUUCGACUUCGCCUUCGACUUCGGUGACAAAGAAGGCCUACCGAUGCUCACCACCGCCGACGAGCUCUUCGAAGAAGGGAAGAUUCGGCCACUUAAGCCACCUCCUCGCCUGCAGUAUCCAGCCGCGGGUGACAGAAGCAGCGUGGCCUCCUCGCCGAGGCCGAGGGGGUUGUGGUCUCCCCGCCAUCGCGGCAGGAGCGCCGGGGGAGAAGAGUUCGACCCCUUCACCGCGGCGAUGGUGGAAGCGACGAAGGAUAGACGGAGGGAGAGGACACCAACGCCUCCCCCUGUUUCUUCUUCCACAAGCCCCACCCUGAAGAGCGGCGGCGGUGGAAGCAAGAAGUGGCGGCUGAGGGACUUGCUUCUGUUCCGGAGCGCGUCAGAAGGACGCGCCACCGGCAACCGGAGCAAGGACCCUCUCCGCAAGUACACCUUGCUGUCAUCAACAUCGAGCAAGAAAGUAGUCGCCGAGGACGCCAAGCACUCAAGCUUCAGAUCGACCGAGACACCCCUGCCGUAUCGGCAGGGCCUCUUCGGCUGCCUGCGCUUCAACCCGGCUGUGCUCAGCAUUUCCAAAGGAUUCGGUAGCCACUCGUUCGGCCGCCGCCGGUGACGGCGACGAGAACCACUCUGGUUAUUGUUGUCAUUGUCGUCUUGCAUUCAAUCUGUAUGCUUUGUGGUCAAGUUCUUUUCCUUUUUGCUUCAUUCUGUAAUGAAAGAAUAGCCAUGUUUGACAUCA